AUGGUUAAUUUGAAAAUUUUGGAUUAUAUUUGUUGUUGUUUUGUCACAAAUGCUGAUGAGAGAAGUGAGUUACCUUUCAGUCAAUUGUCUAAUCCUUCUCCGAAUACAGCCUCACAUUCAGAUGUUAUGGAUACAGCAACAGACGAUACUUGCGAGAGUUCGGAAAUGGUCAUUGGGUUGUCUCAAGAACAAUUCCAAACCAUGAUUGACCAUAUUAAAAAUGAAAUUGACUUUGAUGAUGAGAAGGCAAAUUAUAUUGUUGAAUACUUGACACAGAAUAACGUCUGUAUUGACACAGAUCAAGCACUGGCGUUUAUUGAGGCCAUACAUUUUUCGAAUGCCAAGAUUGUGUUCAUUGAGCAGUUAUUACCCUUUAUUGUUGACUUAAAAUCUGGAAAGAAAAAAAUAGUGAGCACGAUUGGAUUUUACAAUGACAAAAUCAAAGUUAAAAAGCUCAUUAGUGAACAUUUAAAACAACGAAAGAUGAGUGGAACAUUCAUGAAGCCAUCGACACCAUCUGUAAAUCAACCAAGAUCAACCUUAAGUUAUAGACCCAUUGGAAAUGACGCAGAGUUAGAUAGCUUUUCGAAUGGAAAACCAAAACAAACAUCAGGCAGAAGCACACCAAAUUACCAAAAUGCAGGAAAUAGUGGCAACAAUACUUCUGAAUACUACACUCGAAAGUAA